CCUGCGCGUUGGAUUCCAGAAACCUUGCUGGGGGACGUGGGACAGCGCGGCAGCUGCUCUUCAAAGCGGCAUUAGGACUUUCUGUCGCCGUGGUCGCCGCCAUGAGUCGCAACUACAAUGAUGAGCUACAGUUUUUGGAAAAGAUCAACAAAAACUGCUGGAGGAUCAAGAAGGGCUUCGUGCCCAACAUGCAGGUGGAAGGAGUUUUCUAUGUGAAUGAUGCUCUGGAAAAAUUAAUGUUUGAGGAGUUAAGGAAUGCCUGUCGAGGUGGUGGCGUUGGUGGCUUUCUGCCAGCCAUGAAACAGAUUGGCAACGUGGCUGCCCUGCCUGGGAUUGUCCAUCGGUCUAUUGGGCUACCUGAUGUACAUUCAGGUUAUGGGUUUGCUAUUGGGAAUAUGGCAGCCUUUGAUAUGAAUGACUCUGAAGCAGUGGUAUCCCCAGGUGGUGUCGGAUUUGACAUCAAUUGCGGUGUCCGCUUGCUAAGAACGAAUUUAGAUGAAAGUGAUGUCCAGCCUGUGAAGGAGCAACUUGCCCAAGCUAUGUUUGACCACAUUCCUGUUGGGGUAGGAUCAAAAGGUGUCAUCCCAAUGAAUGCCAAAGAUCUGGAGGAGGCCUUGGAGAUGGGUGUGGACUGGUCCUUAAGAGAAGGCUAUGCCUGGGCUGAAGAUAAGGAGCACUGUGAGGAGUAUGGAAGGAUGCUGCAAGCUGACCCCAAUAAGGUCUCUGCAAGGGCCAAAAAAAGAGGCCUUCCUCAGCUGGGGACCUUGGGAGCAGGCAACCACUAUGCAGAAAUCCAGGUUGUGGAUGAGAUUUUCAAUGAGUAUGCUGCUAAGAAAAUGGGCAUCGACCAUAAGGGGCAGGUGUGCGUGAUGAUCCACAGUGGCAGCAGAGGCUUAGGCCACCAAGUAGCCACAGAUGCACUGGUAGCUAUGGAAAAAGCCAUGAAGAGAGACAAAAUUAUAGUCAAUGACCGUCAGCUGGCUUGUGCUCGAAUUGCCUCUGCCGAGGGUCAGGACUACCUGAAGGGAAUGGCAGCGGCUGGAAAUUAUGCCUGGGUCAACCGCUCGUCCAUGACCUUCUUAACUCGUCAGGCUUUUGCCAAAGUCUUCAACACAACCCCUGAUGACUUGGACCUACACGUGAUCUAUGAUGUUUCCCACAAUAUUGCCAAAGUAGAGCAGCAUGUGGUGGAUGGAAAGGAGCGGACACUAUUAGUCCACAGGAAGGGGUCCACCCGAGCAUUCCCUCCCCACCACCCCCUCAUUGCUGUUGACUACCAGCUCACAGGACAACCAGUACUUAUUGGAGGCACUAUGGGAACCUGUAGUUACGUUCUUACGGGCACUGAACAGGGAAUGACGGAAACCUUUGGAACAACCUGUCAUGGAGCGGGCCGUGCAUUGUCCCGAGCAAAAUCUCGACGUAAUUUAGAUUUCCAGGAUGUCUUAGACAAAUUGGCAGAUAUGGGAAUUGCGAUCCGUGUUGCCUCACCCAAACUGGUUAUGGAAGAGGCUCCUGAAUCGUACAAGAAUGUGACCGAUGUGGUGAACACCUGCCACGACGCUGGAAUCAGCAAGAAGGCCAUCAAACUGCGACCGAUUGCUGUGAUCAAAGGGUAGGGCCUGGACCAGGACUGCCAGACCCCAGGUACCUUCACCAGCCCUAACGUGGAAAUGGACUGACACACUCUUCAGACAUCACAUGCAAAAGACUUGACAAUUUCCAGAGUGUACAGCUAUAACUGUCCAUUUCAGAAUGGCUGGCAGGAGGCUGCUGCUUUCGGGGGCUAAAAUAACCUUCCUAGAGGAGUCACGUUGCUCCCAUUUGGAAAGGGAUAAAUAUGCUUCCUCCUCAGUUGUCCCACAGGUUUUUAGGAAAAUCUUUUAGGGGGUGAGAGUGGGUCAAGAAACUGCCUUAUUCAGUCAUACAAGUCUUUAAUCCCCAGAAUUAAUUUUUUUUUACACCAAGCUCUGUUUACAUCCUGAGAGAUGUCAUGAGGAACAUUCUCUUAAAUAAGAAAAUUUUGGAAUGUUUCCUUUCUUCCCUCCCUUUGUCCAUUCAGCCAGGCCCAGUACCCUCCUAACUCAUUCCCCCAACUGAGCAAAACCCUAAAAGCCAUUCUUACUUGGGGAUGCAUUGAGGGAGGGGAGCAUGUAUGGAGGUUUAGGAAUAGGGUCCCAAAGGGGAAAAUAGUUUUUCAUUGAUUUGCUACCUUUCUCAUUCUAGAUACAAGGCAGAGUUUUUACUUAUUGCCAAAUGGUAUCUGCUGAUACAUGUCAUUAAUUAGGCCUGACCUCGCAAACUUCUAAAUAAUGCCUUCCACAGCAGCAGCAGAGAACCCUAAUGUUAUACUGAAUAUCUUUCCUUUUUACUAUUGAGUUGCUGUAAUAGCACUAAAUGACCACCACUGGAUGUUAACAAUUGCUCUAUGUUGGCAGGUCGAAAGUCCUGUGCAACCUGAUAGGAUUUCAUGUUAUGUGAUGUGAAACUUCCAAGUUGCUAAAGGACUAUAGUUGUAGGCUUCUGAAGCCUUAGUUGAGUCUGAACAGCCAAUAAAAUAGAAAAAUCUAAUAAUUACAAUAUUCUGUUUAUAUUUUGUGCUUAAUAUUUUAUAGCUUAAAAAAAUAGUAUUUGUAUUUGAUUUACUUCAAGCAGUGUUGGUGUUGUUUGAUUGUUUUCCCCCAGGUUACCUUUAGAGGCUCAGCUUAAAAACAUUCUUUCUUAAAACUUAUCUUUCAACUUAUAACCAAAACCCCCGUUGGAGUACCUUCUAAAUGCUGCUCUUGGAAGGCUGGGAAAGAGUAGACUUCCUCAGGAAAAUGUAUGAGUUAGGAAAUAGUGAAGUAUGCAAAUCUACCAGUGAACGCAAGGGGCACUUAAAGAUGAGAAACAGGCUUCCAGCAGGGUGCUGGGCUCUGUGGAGAUGAGGCAAGUUCAGAGUAUCUGUGUAGACUCAUGGAACUGGGGCUUGCAUCAUGAUGUUACUCAGAGCCAGUUCAGAACAAGGUCUGCUCCUAAAGCUAUGUGAUGUCGGUACAGGAAAUGCCAUAGCUCAUUUGGAAUAUGUAAAAUUGAAUUUGAUUCAGUGCUUUGAAAGUUCCUCUUUAGGAGGGCAAAAGGGAAAUAGAUGAGGAGGAGAAAUAGAAGAAUCAUUUCUGUCAUGGAGUUUUCUGCUUUAAUAAACUUUUCAUUCUCUGGUGAACGUGGCCCUAUUCAUGACCAUAGAAAGUAGUGGUUAAUAUUUCAUGUUCAAAAUGGGAGGUAGAAACGUUGUUUUCCUUAUUUUAAAGAUUUUAUUUUCCCAUGGAUGGUGGUGAAAGCCACUUGACAAUAAAUGCUGAAUUGAACCUGAA